AUGAUUUCAGGAAACAAAAGAGCACCUCUAGAUUGGAACUCAAGGAUGAAAAUAGCAAUCGGGACAGCAAGAGGUGUACGAUAUCUUCAUGAAGAUUGCAGAAUGGGUUGUGUGGUGCACAGAGAUAUGAGGCCUAAUAAUAUCCUCGUAACCCAUGAUUUUGAACCUCUGGUUGCUGAUUUUGGAGUUGCUAGGUGGCACACUGAAUGUAAUAUCAGUAGCGAGGAGCGAGUCAUCGGAACUUCAGGGUAUCUCGCAUCGGAGUAUAUCAAUAGUGGAAAAAUUACAGAGACAGUUGAUGUAUUUGCAUUUGGAGUGAUUUUACUAGAGCUAAUGACAGAGCAACUCCCUGAAUUUGCCUAUCAACUACAAGCUAUGGGCCUAGCCACUUCAUUGUGCCUCCAUCAAGAUCCAAAAACCAGGCCACCAAUGUCAAAGUACAAUAAAGAUGUUGAAGGAAAAACAAGAGGUGACUCAGAUGAGAGGAGUCAUGUGCCAUCAAAAAGUUGA